UAUCGGCCCUUUCACUGGCAAUUGUCGCAACGGGCGAGCCGAAGUCGUCGCCUCAAGUUGUGGCAGGUUCCAGCGAUUCUCUUGUUAUUGGUGCUGCUUGGAACGCUGCAUCAUCAGCUGAGCCAUUGGGAUGGCUUGGUUGAUCCACUGCCAGCCGCGGGCAUCGACAACAUGCCAGCUGCUGAAAUUGGCGCAUUUUCCAGGCUCUGGCUUGAGUAUGGUUACAAUGCUUGGCUAGCUGAGCGCAUUUCAGUGCUUCGUAAGCUGCCGGAUAUGCGUGAUGAUCGCUGCCUGGAGUACAGCUAUCAGAACCUGAGCACACACAUGGAACCGGUGUCCAUUGUUGUCAUCUUUCGCAACGAGCAGCUGGCCAUGCUGCUGCGCACGCUGCACAGCAUUGCGGACCGAUCGGAUCCGGAACUGAUUGGCGAGCUGCUGCUGAUAGAUGACCACAGCGAUGCCGGCUUCUGGCAGCAGCAGCGCUCCAGACACGCUUUCAAGGCGUAUGUGCAGCGGUAUAUUCAUGGAGCGGCACGUAUCUUUCAUCUGGAAGAGCACGUGGGCUUGGUGCGAGCGCGCCGCCUGGCUACUGCUGAGGCCAAGCAGGAGACGCUCGUCUUUCUGGACGCGCACGUCGAGGUGAGCGAGGGCUGGCUUGAGCCGCUGCUGGCUGUCAUCUGUGAGAAUCCUUUCACGCUCGCCACACCGCAGCUGGAUCGACUGGACGAGGAGACGCUGGAAUAUGUGCGCGUCGUGGAACGGCGUGGCCUCUUCGACUGGAACCUGCGGCGGCGCGAGGUGCCGCUGACAUGGCAACAGAUAAAGCAGCUGCCGCGACCGUUUGCCACAGCUGUGCUGCGAACCUCGGUGUUUGCCAUCAAUGCGGAGUGGUUCAAUAAGCUGGCACAUCUCGACAUUGAGCUUAAUGCUCCAGCUGCCGCCGAGCUCGAGCUGAGCUUUAAGGCGUGGCGCAUUAGAGCCCGCGUGCUCCAGGUGCCCUGCUCCCGUGUGGGUCAUCUGCAGCCCAGCGAUCUCGGCUACAUGCAGCGCUAUGGAGAUCUUCAGCAAAUGGCCCGCGAGCAUUUCAGUAGCUACAAACGUCUGACGGAGAUCUGGCUACGUGAGCCCAGGUACAAAUCUGUGGUCUAUCAGCAUCACCCACAAAUCCAACAAGCCCACAUGCCCAAUGUAUCUAAGCUGCAGGAGCUCAUUAAACGUGCGGAUUUCCAGUCGUUCGAUUGGUAUUUGCAGCAUGUGGCAACCGACCUGCUGCGGCAUUUUCCACUGCUGCCUCGCAUUGACCUGGCGCACGGCACCCUGCGACCCGCCCACCUGCCCAGCCACUGCCUGACGGCUGAUUUGAAAAGUCGCCGCAUCCAUUUGCAGCCCUGCAAUGCUGUCCAGCCGUUGAUUCAAAACUGGACCCUAAGCUCGCUGAACGAUCUGCGACUCGGUGUGGAUAUUUGUGCUGAGGUGCAGCCCACUCAGAAUGUGGCACUGAGUGCCUGCCACACGCUCGGCGGUCGCCAGAGCUGGCGACUGGACAUGGACAAAAAUUACCUGAUUAGCAAUCGGCACUGCCUGGAGUUCAAUGUGCGUAUGCGGGUGCACGUCAGGAACUGUGAUAACAUGAACCAACGCCAAAUGUGGUUCUUUGAGCACACGAACGUGGCAGCAAUAAAGACAAAUAACUCGUAAGUGGGGACAAAAUGGAAAAUUUA